GUCUUUAUAUGUGUUCUGAUUAAGUGGUCUUUGGGUUUAAAGAGAGUAUUAAAAUAUCUUAAGACUCAGGCAGUUACACCCUAGUUCACUAUGUUUACACAUUAAGACUAAUUAAUCUACCGACACUGAAGGUUGUAUUUUUAUCAGGCCACUCUACAUAAAGCUUACCUACCCCCCUCCCGAUCUUAUUACAGAGAGUCCCGUCACUUCUCAGGAAAGUUGACCAGCUUUUUCCACAAUCUGCAGUACUUACUGGAGGCGUUGUUCUCCCUGUGAACCAUUAAAUCGGCAUCUAAAAUGUCGCUAGAAAGAGCUAGCAAUGGUCAUAGUCGAUUCCAUGGCUGUUGUAGUAUACGUGAAUUUGAAUUUCUUGGGAAACUAGGUGAAGGGACUUUUGGUGAAGUCUAUAGGGCAAAGGCAAAGAAAGAUAACUCUAUUGUCGCUCUCAAGAAGAUUCUCAUGCACAAUGAAAAGGAUGGGUUUCCAAUAACAGCACUGCGUGAAAUCAAAUUAUUAAAGUUACUUUCACACCCAAACAUCUUACAAUUGAAGGAGAUGGCAGUUGAGCGGGGUAAAGGCGAAGGCCGCAAAAAGCCGACGAUGUACAUGGUUUUUCCUUAUAUGGAACAUGACCUCUCUGGACUACUGGAAAACCCCAUUGUACAUCUGACGGAACCUCAGAUUAAAUGUUACAUGCUCCAACUGCUCGAAGGACUCCGAUAUUUGCAUGGGAAUUGUAUCUUGCAUCGGGAUAUGAAAGCUGCAAAUCUUCUCAUAAACAACCAAGGAAUCCUUCAGAUUGCAGAUUUCGGGCUGGCCCGUCCUUACGAUGAACCACCUCCUCAACGAGGAAAAGGUGGCGGGGAGGCGAAAAGAGACUAUACAACACUUGUUGUAACACGAUGGUACCGGCCUCCAGAGCUUCUUCUUCAACUAAGGAGGUAUACCACAGCUAUUGAUAUGUGGGGUGUUGGGUGUGUUUUCGGCGAGAUGUUUAAGGGGAAACCGAUUCUUGCCGGAAAUAGCGAUCUCAACCAGGCGCAAUUGAUUUUCAAUCUUGUUGGGACACCAACAGAAGAGAACAUGCCUGGAUGGACCUCGUUGCCAGGGUGUGAAGGCGUGAAAAACUUCGGGCAAAAGCCCGGAAAUCUUUCGGGGGUUUUCAAUGAAUUAAAUUCUACAGCCGUAUCUCUUCUUGGUGAGCUUCUUAGGCUGGACUGGCGCAAACGAAUCAAUGCGAUGGAUGCUCUGAGGCAUCCUUACUUUUCAACCCCGCCACUUCCUGCUAGGCCGGGUGAAUUACCUCGCUUCGACGACUCACACGAACUCGACAGAAAAAGGUUUCGUGGUCAAAGAGCGGCCAUGCCUCCGGCUCCAGCAGGUGGCUCGGUUGGAAUUGCUAACGGGGAGUGGUCAACCAAUUCAGGAGCAACAGCGUUGGCGGACUAUAGGCAAAGUCGUAUUCCAGGAGCUGCAAGAACGGCAUCAUCCCUUGGCCAUGCUAUUCGAGAAAUCAGUUCACGUCAGGGCUCUGAGAACCGCUUUUCAAAUGAAGCACACCUAGUACGAGAAAGGCAAGAAUUGGAAGAGCGCAACGAAUCCUUGAAAAGCCGACAUAGAGAAAGCGGUCUGCCGCCUAAACCUCCACCACCCAUUCAUCAGCCAUGGGGUCUAGGUAGUUCUGGGAGACUUGACUAUGAUGAGCGACAUGAACGGUCUAGUCAAACCCGCCUCGAUAAUCGAUGGGAGGGAAAUAUAGAUUCUUAUGUCCCGAAGUAUAAUAGUAUGGGCGAUCACUCACGAGACAAAGAGGACGAACAAUCGCACUUGAGGAUGAGUCGUUAUGAGCGCAAGGCUGAGAACCCGCGUCAAAUGGCAGGAAGGGAUUAUCACCGCGACCAUGCGUCCAGAAGACGAAGUCGAAGUCCACAUCAUCAGGAAGGAAACCGUACAGCUGCAUAUCGUCGGUAGUGGCAGACCAACUCUCAGAACCUGGCUUUCUGUUACCUUCAUGAAGCCAUAAACUACGUGAUAAAUGAUUUAUAAUCCAACCAUAUUUUAGGGAUAACAAGUAGGAUCAGUUUUGAGAUGUUGGAAUUUGGAUUGGUCUAAAUCAAAUUCAUCAACUACAAAGGCUAUAAUAAUAAGUGCACCAGACCAAAUAAACGUUCUUCUCCAUGAAUUUGCCUGCUGUGGAUUUGCAGGGCAACAAGAGACAGCAUAUGUCUACUAUACAUAGAAUUGAAUUUGAACUAAGA